CGUGACAGCAGUGUGGAGGGUAUAAAUACUUAAAAAUAAUAAAUAGUUAGAUUUACUGAUCUGAUUCGACUCUGAUCUAGUUGUGCGUGUUUUUUCUGUUGCUUUUUAUGCAGAAAUGAAGCUCCUGAUUCUGAUAGCAUUGGCAGCAGUUGUGCAUUGUAGACACUACAGGCAUUUCAAUGACCACAACCCUUGUUAUACAACAGAAGAUGAUCGAGUAAUUCCAGAACAUAUCAUAACACCACGACCUCAUGAAUACAUAAACUUAGCAUCUCUUCCUAAAAGUCUUGAUUGGAGAAAUUUCAAUGGAACUAAUUAUGCUAGCACAACACGAAAUCAACAUAUUCCACAGUAUUGUGGCUCCUGUUGGGCACAUGGUACAACUAGCUCACUUGCAGAUCGUAUCAACAUAAUGAGAGGGGGAGCUUUCCCAUCAGCUUAUCUUUCUGUACAAAAUGUGCUUGACUGUGGUGGUGCAGGAACUUGUCACGGAGGCACUAUGGUGGGCGUAUUCGAGUAUGCUCAUAACAAAGGAAUUCCAGAUGAAACUUGCAAUAAUUACCAAGCUAAAGACCAAGAAUGUAAUACUUUUAAUCAAUGUGGAACAUGCACAACAUUUGGUGAAUGUCAUGUCAUCAAGAAUUAUACAUUAUUCAAAGUUUCUGAAUACGGUCGAGUAAGCGGUCGUGAAAAAAUGAUGGCGGAACUUUUUAAGCGUGGGCCGAUCGCUUGUGGCGUCAUGGCUACUGCUGCUUUUGAUGCAUAUGAAGGUGGCGUAUUUACUGAAUAUAACGAAGUAUCCACAAUUAAUCACGCCAUUUCUGUUCAUGGGUGGGGCGUUGAUGAGAAUGGUGUGGAAUACUGGAUUGGCCGAAACUCUUGGGGUCAACCAUGGGGCGAACAAGGGUGGUUUAAAGUCCCAACAAGUCUUUACAAGGGCGGACAAGGUGGAAAGUAUAACUUGGGAAUUGAACAAGAUUGUUCGUUUGGUGUACCAAUUUUGCCAAAAGGAUGGUAAUUUUUGAAUGUCUUUCACGUAACAUUGUCCAGCAUAAAUCCGAUCCAAAGUGGAAAAAAGAUUUGCUGCACCAAGCUAUUGGGUUUAUUUAAUUGUAUACUUUGAAAUUUUUUUUAUAAAUUUUUUUAAAUUAUUGAAGUUACUUUUAUAUUUACCUUCCUGUAAAUAUAUACACGUUUCAGCAAGAGAAAAUACCCCGAAA